UUUGUCGCUUGGAGAGGGCACGUUGGAUUGCUUUGGGAAGUGUUUUAUACCUCGGUUCAACUUCGGUUCCAGGUUUAGUUAGCCAUGGCGAAUUGGAAUCAACUUCAACAGCAGCUCAGACAUCCGAACAAUCCUGUGGUGUUCUUUGAUAUUACCAUCGGCUCUACGGAGGUUGGACGGAUGAAGAUGGAGCUUUUUUCUGACGUAGUUCCCAGGACUACGGAAAACUUCAGGCAAUUUUGCACAGGAGAGUACAAGAAGGACAGCGUGCCGAUUGGCUACAAGGGAUCCACGUUUCAUCGUGUCAUCAAGGACUUCAUGAUCCAGGGAGGAGAUUUCGUCAACGGUGACGGCAUGGGAUUAACAAGUAUCUACGGUGGUCCUUUUCCUGAUGAGAACUUCCAGUUGAAGCACGAUGCUGCUGGCUUACUAUCUAUGGCCAACAGUGGCAAGGAUACUAACGGCUGUCAGUUUUUCAUUACGUGUGCACGAUGCGACUUUCUUGAUGGGAAACACGUAGUGUUCGGUCGUAUCCUUGAUGGUCUUCUGGUCAUGCGAAAGAUUGAAAACGUUCCCAUUGGACCCAACAACAAGCCGAAGAUUCCUGUUAUCAUCUCGCAGUGUGGUGAAAUGUGAGCUUGUGCUGGUCGGGACAUGUACAUAUGUUUUUGAGACUUGGAGAAUGUGAAGCUUUUGGAAAAGUGUGCUGUUCAAAGGUUAAAGAGGACCCUGCUAGUAUUGUAUAAUAUGACAAAAAAUAUUUGCUGUGAGCUAUCGAAUACACCACUGUCUCAUUGACUCUGGUAAUCUGUGGCUGAAUGUAAAGUUGUGGAUUUUCUUUGCGUGCAGCUGCAACUCUGUUUUAGAAGCAGUGAAAUUGAAACAAUAAUAAUUUUAAUAAUAAUAAUAAGAAGCUUAUGCAGUUAGCUGUAAAAAGACACAAGUUUCCUUUAUUUUUCGGGAGCAUUAAAUUAACAAAUAAGCCAUGUUUUUUUACUUCAAAACCAUGUUCAGUGCAUUCUUUGUAGGUGCCAAAUGAAUGUGGAAGAUAAGCGAAAGAUAUCUGGUAAACAAUUGACCCUGUUGUGUUUGUUUUCACUACACUUGUCUAUUCCACCUUUCUGUUUCUCUUGGCUUCUGUAAACAAUUCAUGCAGAUUCAGAUUGAGCCUGCUGAGAGACUGGUGCAGCCAAAUCUUGAUUAAGCUGCAUCUUUCAUAAAGUUAUUGUAGUUGCAUCCGAUUAUUGUUCUAAGCUUGUACAUUUUACGUACAAGCCGUAUUCGUAUGCCGUAGUACAUAUUCAUACGCCACUUAGGGGCGUAUGAAUAUUCAAAAAUUUUAAAUAAUUUAUUGAAUAGUGUUUGGUUAGACUUAGUGCUCGAAUAAAACAGUGAAUAUUCAAAAUAAGAAG